AUGAUUGUCACUGAACCAUGUACAGCACUUUGGACCCACAGUUCAGGACGAUCUCUUCUUAAGUGCACUGCGCAACUCGCUGCCUACGACAGCUUGGAGAAGAUUCCAGAGAACAAUAUAAAAACGAAAACUCUCGAGGAAGCUCGAAUUCUCAAGAAGCAACUCACGUCUAUUUUGGAACCAGCCGGCUUUUUUCUUCUUAAAUGGGCAUCGAACGACGAACGAGUGUUCUUGACAGACAACCAGCCGAAUGAAGAUCGAAUGAUUCAGGGAGAUAAGAAUCCCAAAACACUGGGAUUGCUUUGGAAAUCGACCACUGACGAACUUCGAUAUUCAGUGAAUUUUCCCAAGCCAUCAAAUGUGACAAAAAGGACAAUUCUGUCACUCGUCUCACAAAUUUUCGACCCCCUUGGCAUUGUGGGUCCUGCCAUUGUACGAGCAAGGAUUUUCCUCCAAGAACUUUGGAAAGUCAAUGUUCCACGACUCAUUCUAUGUAACAACCCAGUUAAAAUAGAAUUGCACGGGUUUUGUGAUGCUUCUGAGAAAGCUUACGGAGCAUCUAUCUAUGUACGUUCGAUGGAUGAUCAAGGAAAUGUCAGAGUCAAUCUUUUGUGUGCUAAAUCGAGAGUGGCUCCAUUAAAAAAUAUUUCUUUGCCUCUUCUAGAACUUUGUGGAGCUCUAUUACUGACUGAAUAUUUUCACAAGAUUAAGGGUCCCUCUUACAAGUGGAAAACUUAUGUUGCCAACAGAUCUACAAAAAUUCAAGAACUGACGAAAGAAGGAAUUUGGAAUCACGUUUCAUCCUUAGAUAAUCCAGCAGACAUCAUCUCAAGAGGAAUCAAUCCAGCUGGAUUAUUGAUGUCAGACCUCUGGUGGCAUGGACCAGCAUGGCUAUCGCGAGAUCUUGAUAACUGGCCCAGUCUACAAACAGUCGAUCUUGAAAACGUCCCUGGAAUGAAGAAAAAUCUUACUUCGAGUCAAGUUACUGUAACAAAACGUGAUUCAGCUAGGCCCACGACGGAUCUCAAGACAGACUAUCUCACACCUAUUGAAAUAGAAUCAACAACUCGAGUCUCCAACUCGAGCAAACUCAAAUCACUUCAACCAUUUCUCGACGACUCAGGAUUGCUCAGAAUGGGCGGUAGACUACGGUGGCGUCUAGGACGAGUCACAAAGCUGCAUCCAGGCAAGGACAACGUGACACGAGUGGUCUCAGUUAGAGUUGGAAAAUCAACCUUACAGCUACCAGUAUCGAAAUUGUGUAUUCUUCCAAUGGACACAUCAACAACGAGUGAUUAA